AUGUCUAGUAUUCACCAUAUUUCUCGCACGAACUUUAGAAGUUUACAACUUUUGCGAAAGCGAACUUUCUUUACCUCAUGUAAUGGUGAAACUCACAAACUAAAAAAUAUAAUUCGACCAAGCUCUUUAUUUUUUAAACGCAAAAAUCGAUACCUUAAUACUAGUACGCGAGAACCUGCUCGCAAAAGCAUUGUUGAAAGUGAUAAAACAACAGAAUGGAGUGACCUGACUCCCGGACAAAAAGUUGCUGGUGGUGCAAAAGCUACAAUAAACUUAGGAAUAGUCGCAAUAGGGGUUGGAAUUUUCGGUACACUCGUUUAUUUAUUAUUUUCCGAGCUUUUCGGUUCCAAUAGCUCAACUAAGAUUUUUGGGGAAGCAUUGGAAAAAAUUAGGGCGAAUUCUGAAUGUCAGCAACUACUUGGUGUUCCUAUAAAGCGUGUUUAUACGUUCUUAAUAAGUAAAAAAUUUUUGAAUAUUCUGUACAACGAUUAUUACUUGAUUAGAACUUAUAGACCCCUGGGUCUAUUAAACGGGGGUCAUGGAGAACCGAGUUCACAUCCAAGACAGCGAAGACAUAGAGAUACCGAUGGCACAGAGCAUCGACUUAUGAAAUUCUAUGUUGAGGGACCAGAAAACGAAGGAGUUGCUAUACUCGAUAUGAUUAAAAAUCAGCAGGAAAAAUGGUUUCAGCAAAAGGCAUACGAAGAGGGCAAAGGAUAUUUGUUGAAUAUAAUGCUAACAGUGGUAACGACAUUGAGAAGACAAAGAAUACCAAAAUCUAAUGACCUAAUUGGCUUAAAGAAUCAAGCUCAAAUAGAUAUUUAG